UCGUCUCCAUUUUCUCGAUCGCUGCGGCGAGCUUGAAGGAGACCUUUUAACCAUGGACGAGCUGCUUCCGGAGAUGUACAUCCCGGACCUGACCCUGCCGCAGGCUCUGUUCGAUCUCGAGCAGGAUGCAGGCAAUGAAGAGGCCAAGGCCAAAAUCAUGGCUGCGGUGGAGAAGAACGGCAUGGUGCCGUUUUACACAUAUGUGUGUGAGCGGCUCGGGUGGGAUGCGGACGACCAACUGGUGGCGACGCUGACCAAGGCCAAUGCGGCCAAGCUCGAGGCUAUCGACGCCGACAUCGCCGAGGCUGAAAAGUCCGAGGGUGAGGUCGAGGUCCGGGCCCACAUGGAGCGCAAGGCACUCGCCCUUGUGGCCAUGGGCGACCGGACGGCCUCGCUCGAGGCCAUCGAUGCCACCAUGGAGAAGACGGUCGGGUCGGGCCUCAAGCUUGAUCUUGUCUUCCUCAAGGCCCGCCUAGGCCUCUUUUACCUUGACCACGUCCUGCUUGCGGGUGUGCUUCCCGAGGCUGCCGAUCUCGCCGAGAAGGGCGGCGACUGGGAGCGCCGCAACAGGCUCAUGGCCUACCAGGCUGUGUACAACAUGUCGAUUCGUUCGUUCGACAAGUCGUCACAGCUGUUCCUUGACACGCUGGCGACGUUUACGUCGUACGAGCUUGCGCCGUUUGCGACGUACAUCCGGUACGCGGUCAUCAUGGGCUCGCUCCAGCUCCCGCGCGUCGAUCUGCAGGACAAGCUCAUGCAGUCGCCCGACGUGCUGUCGGUGUCGAAGGAGCUCGGCGCCGCCGGCGACCUUCUCCAUGCGCUCUAUGAGUGCAAGUACGCCGAGUUCUUUGUUGCGCUCGCCGCACUCGGCGACGAGCUUGCCAAGGACCGCUACAUGCACGAGCACGCCCGCUUCUACUGUCGCGAGAUGCGCAUUCGCGCCUACAACCAGAUCCUGCGCUCGUACCGCUCGGUCACCAUGGAGUCGAUGGCGGCUCAGUUUGGGGUCACCGCUGAGUUUAUUGACCGUGAGCUCUCGCGCUUUGUUGCGUCGGGCCGGGUCCACUGCUCCAUCGACGCCGUCUCGGGCACCAUCUACACCACCCGCUCCGACUCGAAGAACUCGCUCUACCAGCAGACCAUUAAGCAGGGUGACCUGCUCCUCAACCGGGUGCAGAAGCUCUCCCGUGUCAUCAACCUUUAAACGGUGCGUUGACUUGAA